AUGGGGCCGCGAACUGUGGCCCCUGGGCUCCGGGUCCCUGUCCCCACUCCGGCCUCCUGCCCGCUGUCCGAGGAAGGGGGACGGUUUACCGGCAGCCGCAGCCAGUCCCGCAGGGACCCCGACCUGCAGAGCCCGGAAGGCCCGGGGCGCGGAGCCAGGCCGCCCUCCUUGAAGGGCGGGGGCCGGGUCGGGGUCGCGGGGGCGAGGGCGGAGGCCGGGUCGGUGUCGGGCUCCUCAGCGCGCCGGCGCACUCGCCCUCCUGCCAUUGGCUGCGUCGUGGCGGCGCGCGCCGGCCGGCGCACUGCGCGCCCCACCAUUGGCCGGGCGGCGGCGCGCGGGGGGGGCUGUGGCUGCGCCUGCGGCCGCGGGGAGCGCAGGCCCUUCCGAGGCGGCGCGCUCGCUCCUCGCCGAGAGCUGCGUGUGCGCGCCGCCUGUGCCUGCCGGUCCGUAACCAAGUACACACUGAUAGAUGAGCAGGACAUCCCGCUGGUGGAGGGCUACUCCUUUGAGGCCCGGAUGGAAGUAGACGCAGAUGGAAAUGGUGCUAAGAUAUUUGCAUACGCCUUUGACAAGAACCGAGGAAGGGGGUCAGGAAGGCUCCUUCAUGAGCUGCUGUGGGAGCGGCACAGGGGGGGCAUCGCCCCUGGGUUUCAGGUGGUGCAUCUCAACGCUGUCACUGUGGACAAUCGCCUGGACAACCUGCAGCUGGUGCCAUGGGGCUGGCGGCCCAGAGCUGAGGAGACCUCCAGCAAGCAGAGGGAGCAAAGCUUAUACUGGCUGGCGAUUCAGCAGCUGCCCACGGACCCCAUAGAGGAGCAGUUCCCCGUCCUGAACGUGACCCGGUACUACAACGCCAACGGGGACGUGGUGGAGGAGGAGGAGACGUCCUGCACCUACUACGAGUGCCAUUACCCGCCCUGCACCAUGAUGGAGAAGCAGCUCCGGGAGUUCAACAUCUGCGGGCGCUGCCAGGUGGCACGCUACUGCGGCUCCCAGUGCCAGCAGAAGGACUGGCCGGCCCACAAGAAGCACUGUCGGGAGAAGAGGCGCCCCUUCCAGCAUGAGCUUGAGCCGGAGCGAUGA